CACAUGCAUGGUGCACGCGACGGCGAUGGUGAUUCAUGAUUGAUGGGAGAAAUCUCAAACAAUCGAUUCUCAAAAUGGCUUUUUUUGUGGUAUGACCGGGAUCGGCACACUGUGUUUGAAGUGGAACCUGAAUGUGAAGUAAAGGUCCUCAGCACAUCAUGGAUGAAACGGCUGAAAUCUCCUCAUCGCCUACUGUCCUCAAAUAGCUUAGACACUGUCACUCAGAUGGUACAACGUGAGCAAAGGAGAUAACCCCAGCAUCAUGGCUGCAGAGAAGUGCUUGUAUGCCUACGACUAUGUCGACCUCAAAGAUAGAGAAUACGUCAAGAAACAUGCUAGCAAACGUCACCUGGGUGACAUUGUGGGGAAGCAUCGCUACCGGUCCCGCCCCUCGACAGCAAACGUCGUCAGUUCAUUGGUCUCCCUAGACUUCCCAGAAACGAGGGCCAUCAACACAACCACCGCAGGCCGCAUCAUCGCAGACCAACGCAAACAGAUCAGAAACACCUUUCAGAAAACCCAGUGGAAGGAAACAUUGAAUGGGUGGAGCCGGCCUUCAACGUCAAUGGAGGAGAGAGUGCAGACACCAGUGGAUGUUGAACAGCAACAGCGCCCUCACACGUCAGCGUCGGUCUCCAUACCGGAUGGUUCCAAGGAACUGCAGAUGAGUCCGCUCACUCUGAGACCGUUCAGUACAGGAGCUGUCCGCAAGCCCUCCCGUAAGCCACCCACGGCCUCAGGCUUCAUGUGGGUCCGCAUGAAGCGCAACGGCAGCGCAAGCAGCAGCAACAUGCAGUUCAAGCGCAUCACGGAGGAGAUCCGACUCCAGUGGGAGGAGGAGGACAAGAAGGAACGGCAGGACCACCGGAAAGAGAAGAGCCAGAGUCCCCGGCGCUACGACGCCUUCGCCGGCCAGUGGUUGAGCUUUGCGGCCGGGGGAAUGGACGGUGGACUGGAGGAGGCCGAGGACGGGAGCGGGCUUGGCUCUGGUGGGGUGGUGGAAGCAUUCACUGGUGAAACCAACUUGGAGUAUUACAACAUUGAAGGGAAGGUAGGGGCUGACGUGGCCAACCAACUGCGCAUCGGGAACAAAAUACGUAUCGGGGUGAACGGCGCAGUCCAGUCAGACAGUCUGAGGGUGCGCAAAUGGAGGAGAGAGGUUGAGAGGGCGGAAUCGGUUGCCUCAGAUGACUCCUUCACCAGCAACGACUCCGAUCUCUUUAAACUGAGCAGUCACAACUUUAAAGAAAAGAAGAAGAUUGCAUCACCGAUUGUUCCCUUGUGUUGGGACGACCAGCUACAGAAACCUGACGUCAAAGUGUUGGAAGCCAGGGAUAAACAAUCACCAGCUGCGAAACGGGAUCUGUCUGAGAGGCAUCCAGUAGUCUUCGAGAAGCUCAUCAAAGACGAUGCACGCCCCAAAAGAGGUCCCAAGCUGGAGACUUACCGCCUGAGCCAUCGCACCAAGGGCAAGCGCAACCUGGAUGGCACAGACAGUCUGAGUAACCGCAUCACCGUCAUCACCGUCGACCAGAUAGAUGAGGAUCGGGAAUCUCUCUGCUCUCUGGACUACGAAGAGAUCCUGCAGAGGAGUUUGGAGGUUGAGCAGCCUGCUGAUGAAGAGGCACCAUCUCUGCUGCGCCACACAGAGGACUCCCAGAGGAGCCCAGAGAGGGUCUUGCUGUCGCCCUUCGGCGAGGGCUCAGUGAGCGAACCCAGAACUGCGCCAAGCUCAGGGAUGAAGCACUCCACACCUCACGUCAGUCCCCGCCACUCAGCUGGUACCAGUGAUGCCGGACUGGUUGCCCGUAGCAUGACCCCAAAACCCCGCACCAUGCCGCUGACAAGCCCGGUGCCUAGCUCUCCGAGUAUUGUCAGCAGCAGACCGCGCACUGGAUCCCAGACCUCCCAGCGGGCACAGUCCAGCAACAGCAAGGGGAGGUACUCCUUCAGUCAGACUCCGACCCCCAGAAAUCUGAACAGCCCGCAUCCCAACUUGGUCAAACCAGGACAGCUCCCGAGGACCGGGGUAUCGAGCAUCAACCCCGGGGUGCAGGAGGGUGAGCACGAGUACAUCAAAAUCUCCCAGCCGAUAUUGCCUGGAUCUGAGCGGACCCAGUCCCAGAUGGACAACAUGGCAGCUAUCAGCCGAGUCGAAGAGAGGAAUGCAUUUGCAGACUAUAAGGAGGACUCGGAAAGCCUCGGCAGGAACCCAUCCAUCGCCAGCUUUGACAGCAUGGACAGUAUGAACGUAGAAGGCGAUCGGAUCGGCAACCACCUACCAGAUAAUUUGACGGAACUGCCGUGCAGCUGCAGCCCGGAGGCCAAGCGGGCAGUCUCGGCAGCACUCUCACGGGUGUCCCUGGAUUCCGCCAACAUUAUCAACAUUCCCACAGCGGACAUGAACAUGAGUUUGUCUGACCUCAAUUCCGUGUCAGAUAUGGACCCCCUGGCAUCCUACUCGUCAUUCCGAGGGAGCCUCAGCUCUGAUGUGGCAGCAGCGGUAGCAGCUGAUCUCUUGCCAGAGGGGGUAGGAGAGGCUGCACCACAUCAGGGAGAUCUCUUGCCAUCUAAUGAGAUCUCUGGUGAACAAGUAGGCGUGGCUUCCCGAAGCUCCGCCUCCAGUGCCUCAUCCCAACGCUUGCCAACGUCUCGGGAGAGGCAAGAGGAAUUGGGGUACAUCAUCAAUAAGGUGGACGGUUUAGAGUUGGCGCAAACCAAUAAUGAGAAUAAGGAACAACAACGGAAGGCAGCUUCAGCUAAGAAGCCCAACCGGACUGUGACAUUUGCCGAGGAGCUGCGGCCCCCCUCCGUCCCAAACUGCACCCCUGAGUCCACACCCAGGGACCCAACCGAUGUCGAUUCAGAGAGAGGCGACGUAGAUACAGAUGAAAGAGAUCUAAGGCCUAGGAGUGCUCAGUCCAGCGAGUCCGCAGCAGACGAACUGAGCGCACUCCGAACCAAGAUCAAGUCAGACCUGGUUGAAACCCAGCAGGCAACGCAACAGGAUCUGGAUGCAUUUCAGGCCCAGAGGCAUCAAGGAAAGACAUAAGGACUGCUGAUUUGUUGGUAUUUUGGAGAAAAUCUGAGAAACGGAACAGCAGUUGCUUCUCUAGUACUUUCUUCAUUUUUUCACAAGCAGGGAUUUACAGUUUUGACAGUCAGUUACAAGGUCGACCCGAGGGCAGCUUUAGGGUUAAACGUAAUAGUUUUUAUGUUGGCACUUCAAGGGAGCAUAGGCAUAGCCA